AAUGUUUACGAUCAAGUCAUCUGGGAUGUUCACUGAUUACUUCAAUAUGUUUAAAAAAAUUUAAACGGAAAUGCCGCAAACUGAUCGAUAUCCAUCAUGGGUGGGUUUAGUGUACAUUUUCAAUCUGAUCGUUGGCACCGGAGCCCUAACUUUACCAGCCGCAUUCGCCGGAGCCGGUUGGUUAUUCAGCACUCUGAUGAUGCUCUUUCUGGCCUUCAUCAGCUUCGUCACCGUCACGUUCGUCAUCGAAUGCAUGGCCUGCGCGAACGCCACUUUGGCCAAGGCCAGAAACGGUUCCGAUGAAUUCUACGAGAGUUCCGUGCGACCGGUCGAUUCCGAUUCGGACGUGGAAUCGGAGCACGGCAACGAAGAGACGGCCAUCUUGCGAACGCCCCGCCGGAAUUCCCCGUACAAGUUGGACAAAAAAGUGGAAUUGGGCGAGAUGGCCGGUCUCUAUUUGAACAAAUUCGGACACACGUUGUUCUUCUCGUCGCUGUGCGUUUACCUGUACGGCGAUCUGGCCAUUUACGCGGCCGCUUCGGGCAAAACGCUGGUGAAUUUGGCGUGUCGCGAAAGCAACGAAACCGAGAAUUACAGUACGGCUUGUUUCGGGGGCUCCGGCUUCACCAAAAUCGACAUGUACAGGAUAUUCGUGACGCUAUUCGCCGUAUCCGUCGGUCCGUUCGCUUAUUUCAACUUACAAAAAACCAAGUAUCUGCAAUUGUUCACCGUUUGCAUCAGAUGGCUGGCCUUUUUCGUCAUGGUAACGCUGGCCGGUAUCAGAUUAAUGGAGCUCGGUCCGCAAGGUCAUCCGGCCACCGUGAAUUUGAAAGAAGUACCCGCGUUGGCGGGCAGUACCGUGUACAGUUUCAUGUGCCACCAUUCUCUCCCCGGCCUACUUUCGCCUAUAUCGGAUAAGAGUCGAAUCGUUCGAAAAGUCAGUUACGAUUUCUUCGCGAUAUUCUCCUUCUAUCUGUUAUUGGCUUUGACCGGUUCGUUCGCCUUCGCCCGACUGAACGAUCUCUAUUCGUUGAAUUUCAUCGACGCGAACGAUUCGAACGGUUUCACGAAGGCGAUCGGUUUCUUCCUGGCGGCGUUUCCGCUGUUUCCGAUGUCCACCAGCUUCCCCAUCAUCGCCAUCACGUUGCAGAACAACCUGAGGCAUCUGACGAUGGCGAACGGACGACGGAACGUCUCGUUCGAUCGAUUGGUGUUUCCGACGGUGGCCGUCGCGCCGCCCUUCGUGGUCGCUUUGUGUACGCACAACAUCAAGUAUUUGGUCGAGGUGACCGGCACUUACGCGGGAGUGGUCGUGCAGUACGUGGUGCCCGCUAUAUUGGUGAAUUACGCGCGGAAACGGUGCGUUAGAGACUUUGGUGGUUGCCCGAACGAGUUUUCCAGUCCGUUUAAACACCGCUUUUGGUAUUGGUUCGUCGUUUGUUGGUCGGUUUUGUGCGUGAUAUUCGUCACUGUUGAUUUUGCUUUGAAUAAGUAAUGUCUGGUGGAGUAUAUUGACGAUAUUUCGGAGAGAAUGCGACUAAUUCUAUUCGUUUAGUUGGGUAUUUGAGUACAAUCGGGCAAGAUUAUAGCAGAAGUUUGCUUUAAAGUCGCUUUUCGAUUGAGUAUUUCGAAAAAAACAUAGCGUUAGAAAAAAACUGCAGUAUUAAGUCGAUUACCUAUUAAAUUUAAUAACAGUAAUAAGUGGUAUAAUAAAGUCUAAUAUAUUUUUUUAUUUAAUAUUUUCGUGAUCUCUUAGUCAAUUGAAUGUUUAUAUUCCUGACUGCUAUAUUAA